AUGGCAUACUCCGAAUCCAUACAGCAUCUUUACGCGUCCAACACUUUCUACUUUCCUACCUGUACAGCAUUCUUCUGCUUCCACCGUCUUGUACCAACCCACCACUUCCAGGCUAUCCAAUCAUUGUACUUGAAGUGGGCGAGUGACAACCCCUGGAAGCUAUACCUAAUAUGGGAGUUCUGUGAUGGCGUACCGCCCUACGACGUCUCAAGCUGGAAUCGGACCUGGAAGGUCAUAUCGAAGAUGGAAGCUCUCAAGUACAUGAGGGUCGACCUGGUGGCAUGCGCUGAUCGUCCCGAGCCAUACUCCCAUUUUGAAGACGUCUUAUUUGCCCCGCUGAAGAAAAUCCAGGGCCUGCAGCAAUUCGAUGUCUUUCUUAGCUGGGAAGAAGGCGAAACAGUACGUGAAGAGGGAGUGCAGCCUUUUACGAUCAAAAGAACUAUGGAACGUGUUCGAUGA